UUGUUUUUUAAUUAAUAAUAAAGAUAAAUUAUUUAAGCUAAUUUGCCAAAAAUAAAUAACGAAAAAAAAAGCUCAGUAUAUAUUAUUUUUUACGGUGAUACAGUAUCCGGCUAAUUGGGCUCGAAGAUAAUUAAAUAAUAACAAUAUUAAUAAUUAAUUAUAAUAAUAUAUUUAAUGUCUAUUUUUAAUUUUAAUUAUAAAGCGACGUCUGGUGAGAUAUUAAAGUGAUUGGUUUUAAAUAUACGCGCUUAAUAUUGCGACAUUAACAUUGACAGAUGUAUUCGAAACUCAUCAAGUAUAAUAUUUAUAUAAUAAAUUAAUUAUUUGGCUUUAAAUAUCACAGUGAUAAUAGAAAGAAAAUAAAAAUAAAUUACUACUACUAAUUGUAAUUAUUAUUAAGUCAAUUUUGGUGAUAUAAUUAUUAGAUUUUAAGAAUAAUUAUUUAAUCAAAGUCAGCAAAAUGAGUGGACAAAAAAUUGUACCAAUAAGUACAGAAAAAAAAUAUUGCUAUAUGGCAUGUCCACUUCAAGAUUCAUCAGGUAUUGCUGCUAAUGAAGAUACUAUUGAACGUGCUAUUGGUGCAGGAAUUAGAAAAAAUUCAUCAUCACAUGUUAUUAAAUGGGGUGGUACCAAUAACAACAACAGCAACAACAACAACAACAACAAUACCAACAACAACAAUAAUAGUAAUGGUAAUAAGAGAAAACAAAAUGGAAAUGGGCAAAAAGAUUUAUCAGAACUACCAACACCAACAGCAUCAAGACAGGUGUCAUUUAAUGGUAACAGAUCAUCUGGAAUUUAUACACCUCUUGUUGUUUCAAACAACAGUCCACCACGUGGUGAACCAGUAUCUCUUGCAACUCUAGAUCGUGAUUGUUUUAUCAUUCCUUUAGCUUCACUUGAGCGCUUUUUACCAGCUGGUGUACCACAUCAACCAAUUGCAGAUAAAAAAAGAGCUGGAAGUCCAUUAUCAGUUUUAGAAGUUGAAGAUCCAAAACAAUGUAUACUUGCACAUUUUAUGACACCACUUGAGCCACUAGAUCCAGUUGCUGAAUCACCAACAACAAGACCAUUAGUUUUACAAAGAGAUACUGUUGCUGAAUUAAUUGCUGAAAUAGCACCAUCAGCAUCACAAAGUAUAUUACUAACAAAUAUGGAAAAAAAUGCUGAUUUUCCAUUCAUCACAUAUUAUUUGAUAAACAAACACAAUACAGAUCCAGCUGAUUUUUAUCAAGAGGUACAAUGUGCAGCAUUACGUAAAUUUGAUCCACGUGAUAUGCGUUAUGCAGCAAGUCAUACAUUAGAUUUAUUUAAUGAAGUUGCAACAAUAGCAAGACCACCACUUGAACCACCUGGUGGUAGACCACCAAUUCCGUCCACUGGCUAUAUUGUAUCAAUAUUCAAAGUAUUUGAAGGUGAUGAUAAUCUUAAGUUUGAACAAAAUUGGCUCUACUGGACAGGGGCAAGAAUGAUUUAUCGUUAUUUACCAAAAUCAGUUGGAUUAAAACGUAUAACUCUUCAUAAAUCAAUGUCACAAGGUGACAAGAUGUAUCUAUUGAUUUGUGAAUGUUCACAAUUACAAGAUAAUUUAAAUGCAGCAGCAAUAUUAUUACCAGCAUUACGUGCACGUUUAUGUGGAUACACUGGUCUUUAUCGACCAUCAGUGUGUUUCUGAUUAUUCAAUAAUAAAUAUAAUAUUAAAUGGAAAAAAAAAUUUUUUAAAUUCAUUAAAAAACGAGUUAGAAAUAACAAAAAAUUAAAAUGAAAAUACUUGCUAAAGUAGAGCUCAUUUUAUAUUUUUAUUUGUACAAUGAAAAUUGAAAAUUAAUUUAAUAAUUUUAUCGUAAUUUUAUUGUAUAUUUUUGUUUUUUUUUUUUAAUUAUAAACAUAUCAUACGUUUGAUGUGCUGUGAUAUAAAAUCGAAAAAUAAAACACAGAAUUAUGCAAACAAAACAAAAAACAAUGAAAAUUUUAAAAACGUAUUUAAUUAUUUUAAAUGAAAUUGACAAAUUGCUAUUUUAAAAUUUUAUCCUGCCUGUGUUCAAGCGCUAAUUAGUUUAUAAAAUCGAAUCACGUUCGAUAAUUUAAAAAUUAUCGUUGCGGAAAAAUAAUAACAUAGUUAAUUACUUGAUUAAUUUUGUAUAAUUAGUAAUUACAAAUUAUUAGAAUUAAAAAUUUUAAAUGAAAUUUUCUAGCUUGCCGAACGAUAAAAUAAUAAUUAGAAAGAGAAUUUUAAAUUAUCUAAUUAAAAAUUUUGUAGUUAAAAUGUAGAAAUAUUUUUAAAAACACACAAUAAGUGUAAUUAUUUAUUUUAAAAUUGUAAAUGCUGUAUUUACUGACCAUGAAAUCUAAAAAAAAAAAAAUGUUAUAAAAUCAAAAAUUGAGUGACUUGAAAUUACGCUGUGAUCAAUAUAACAAAAAAAAAAAAUAUUGUAAAAAUUUAAAAAAAAAGUACCACGUCUGAUAAGAAAUAUUAAUUAUAAAUAAUUUCAACAAAUAAAAUAACCAUCAAUUAAAAUGACAAGUUUGUUGAGACUUUGGACCAGUUUGAAGAAUUAAAAAAUUUUUCAUUUUCGUGUAAAAACGAUUACAAUCUAAUAAAAAAAAAAAAAACGUAGUAUUAAAAAAAAUAUUAAAAUUAAUAAACUACGAUAAAAAAUUAUUCAAUUAUUGUAAUGAACGCUUGUUUAAAAGAUAAAAAAAAAAAAAAACCAAUGUAAAUAAAAAAAAGCUAAUAAUAAAAUUAUUUAAUUCUACAAUCUUAAA